AUGCUACUUGAUCCAACUAUAGAAUGUCGUCGAACAAGUGAUAUGAAUAUGAGUCUAGAAAUGCCGGGUUUACACGUGACGCCUGAAGCAAGUGAUGAUGAGGCAUCAGAUCUCAAUACGUCGAACACAUUGCAUCUUAUGGUAGAAGCUGUUAAUAUAAUUCACAGUGAAAAAGAAAUGAUGAGUCCACCAAAUAAUGAUUCCAAUAGUAUUGGUCAUUCAUACAAUGCACCUUAUCUUAAUGUUUAUAAUGCCAAUUUUCAUUGGAAUGAAGAGGGACAACCUUAUUCUGCAACUGAAGAACAAACUGUAUGUAGUCCGUACAAUUUAUUAGAACCUGAUGAGUGGAAACUAUACCCGUACAUCAGCAAUAGUACAAUAAUGAAUGACGAAUACUUCGUAAUCGAGGAUAAUUUAACAUCAUUGCCGACAGAACAUCGAUCUCUAAUUGAUUUACUCCUUCAGCGCCCUUCAGUAGGAGAUAAAAUAAUGUCAGAAGUUCCCAAACAACCGGUAAUAUUACGUGUCACAGAUACGGAUUUCGAUAAAUUCAAGCAACAACUUGCUGAAUCUAAAAAUAAACACAAUAUUAAACAAUCGUCUUCACCUGGUUCAAGUUCGUAUCAUAAUACUCGUAAAACAGAAUGGAUUAAUAUAAUUGAAAACUACAUUAAUCAAACAAAUGAUGGUUGUGUUUUUAUGUACUCUCGACAUCAUUGGUCAACGGCCAAAACAAUCAGCAGAAAUUCAGAGAAAAAACAAUUUUUAUUGAGUGCAGAUGCCACUUGCAAAUUUAGCACUUGCAAAUGCUCGUUUCACGCAAUUCUUUAUGACGAUGCAACAUUACAUAUCAAGUACUCCGGUUAUAUCUCUCAUAGUCCUUCGGAACAUCGAGCGCGUCCUAUAAGAGGUUCGCGGAGAGAAAGCAUAGCUGAACAAUUAUCUUCCGGUUUAAAACCUGAUCAAUUACGUUUAAAACAAUUGGGUAGAUUAUCGAAUGAUAAUCGACUAUAUGGCAAUCGAAACAUAGUGGGAUCCAGUCCUCAUGUAUUUCGUAAAAUUAGAAGUGAAACUAAAUCGGCGUUGAUGUUGGAUCCAGAUCUUGGUACUAGUUUAGUUAAAAUACAAAAUGAACAACAAAAAGAAAUCCGUCCAGAACAACCACUUCCAGGCUAUCUACAAGACAUAUCAAUUCUUCCACUUAGAUUGGUCUGUUUUACAUAUGGAGGUUUGAAGCUUUGGGAAACGGUUGCAAGUACCGUUCCUGUUUCCUGGGACGCUACGGGUGGAGUGGUGAUGAACAGAGGAAAGAAAGUAUUUUAUUAUGAACUGACGAUUAGUAGUAUUAGUGCAUCUGGUGUGAGUAAGAAAAGUCGCUCUGGUCCGUCAUUUCCAGUGACAUCAAUGCUAUCUACAUCACAUACAACAAUGGAUUUAGUUCAUUGGAUUAAUACAUUUGAAGCUGCAUGGUACAAAAUACACGGGUACGGAAAAACUUUCCCAAAGCCACCAGUUAUUCAUUGUGAUGGGGCUUAUGUAUUCCAAUUAGCCGCUAUACGAAUUUUUACUAAAGAUGAAAAUAUGGCAGAAUACUUGCAACGAUGUUGGCGUAUUGUCAAUUCAACAGCCAACACAAAUGAUCUUUAA